AUGCCACCUGCCCAUGGGUCCCUCCCAUGGGCAUCCCUCAAUUUGCUUAGAUAUUACCCAGAUAAGGUGCUUCUGCAGGGUCUCACCACCACGUGCUUUUGUCCUCGCCCCCCUCUCACAGGUGCCAUGGAGAUCCAGGUCCCGGAUGAGCCCGUGGUGGCUCUUUUUGGCCGAGAUGCCACCCUGCGCUGCUCCUUCUGCCCCGAGGCCAACUUCAGCCUUGAUGACCUGAGCCUCAUCUGGCAGCUGACGGACACCAAGCGCUUGGUCCACAGCUUCUCCCGUGGCCAGGACCAGCUGGCAGACCAGGGCAGGGGCUACGCCAACCGUACAGCCCUCUUCUAUGACCAACUGGCCCGGGGCAACGUCUCGCUGCUCCUUCGACGUGUGGAGAUCUCAGAUGAGGGCAGCUUCACCUGCUUUGUCCGGGUCCGGGACUACAGCAGCGCGGCUGUGAUGUUGCAGGUGGCAGCUCCCUACUCCAAGCCCAGUAUGAACCUGGAGCCCAACAAGGACUUGAAGCCGGGAGAUCUGGCAGCCGUGACUUGCCACGCUUCCCGUGGCUAUCCUGAGGCCAGUGUCCUCUGGCAGGACAGCCGGGGCAGCAACAUCACAGAAAACAUCACCACGUCACAGGUGGCCAAUGAGGAAGGUCUCUUUGACGUGCACAGCGUCCUCCGGGUGCUGGUGGAGCCCAGCAGCACAUACUCCUGCCUGGUGCGAAACCCGGUGCUGCAGCAGGAGACCCAAGCCUCUGUCACCAUCACAGGCCAACACCUCGCCUUCCCUGCCGUGGCUCUCUGGGUCACUGUGGGACUCGCCGUCUGCGUCGUGGGGCUACUCGCCGUCCUGGUGUAUGUGUGCCAGAAGAAAGUCCGCGAGAGCUGUGAGGAAGAGGAGGAAAACGCAGGGACAGAGGAGCAGGAUGAGGAGGGGGCAGCACCCAAGACAGCCCUGCAGCCGCUGAAGAGUGCGGGGAGCAAAGACGGUUUAUAG